AGAUUUUUAAAUAACCAGGAAGUAAGAUAAUCUGGAGUGUGUGGACCACCAGAAAGAACAACGUUAUUGAGGCAGGGUGAAUAUUUGAGAAAUUUUAAGAACAGCGGACAAAUUAUAAAUUCAGAGUAACGUAAAACCCCAAGUUAGGUGAUUUAAGUAGGUUAUUUCUAGAAACCAGGCAACAUUUAACACACCAGAAUGGCGAGAGGGAAGAAAAAACAACUCGCAGUCAGUAAACCUGAAGACACCCGUAAAGUCGUGAAAGGAACCAAAGAAAACAAACCAGAAACCAAUGAGACUCCUGUGUGUCACGGUCAAACUACUAUGCACAGUUUCCUCAGCCCAAAAAAGACGCGGUCUCCUCUCCGCCAGAGUCCUCUCACCUUGCUACAUGAAGAGAAUUCCACUUCAGCCUCUAUUGCUCCAAAGGACGGCGUUAAACAGGGAGAAGCGAGACAGAAUCUGAGCCAUCCCAACACUACAGUCACACUAGAGGCAACAAGCUUUCCCGUUGCAGAUGAAGACAAAUCACCUGAUGCACCAUCUCUGCCCACACAAAAGAACAAGAGCAACAUCACUAGGACUAACAUGAAAAAACCAGAGAGAAGUGAUUCCCAGCGGAACACAAAGGUCACAGACUAUUACCCCAUCAGGAGGAGUUCCAGGAAGAGCAAGACUGAGCUAAAGAGUGAAGAACAGCAGCACAUAGAAGAACUGAUAAAGAACAAUGUGGAGGAAGGACUGGAGGUCAGGCACCUGGAAGGAAAGGGGCGAGGUGUGUUUGCCUGCAAAGAUUUUCGAAAGAGUCAGUUUGUGGUUGAGUAUCAUGGUGACCUUGUGGAGAUGGUGGAGGCCAAGAGGAGAGAGGUGAUGUACGCACAGGAUCCCACCACUGGGUGCUAUAUGUACUACUUCCAGUUCCUCAGCAAAACCUAUUGUGUUGAUGCUACGAUGGAGACUGACCGUCUAGGUCGCCUGAUUAACCACAGCAAGAGUGGCAACUGCCAAACCAAACUCCACAGCAUCGGAGGCACCCCACAUCUCAUCCUGGUGGCAUCGCGGGACAUCCGGUCAGGAGAGGAGCUGCUGUAUGAUUACGGGGACCGCAGUCGAGAGGCAAUUGCAGCCCACCCCUGGCUCAAGCAGUGACCCUGCCCUUAAUCUAAACAUUGCCUCAAUCCUCUGGGUGCAUCAACAUCUUCUCCAAGGAGGCAAUUAAGAACUGGCUUGCCUUUUCCUGAUCUUUCACCCAAACAAGGUGGCUUCCUCACUGGUAGGUUCCUAAACAAGACCCAAUCCGUUCAGGAGGAAGAGAAGUUGAAAGGACAAACGACACUGGUGAAUAGUAGCAGUGAAUGUCAAAUUGACACUUUAUCUUAAGCCCUUGUUUGGAGGCAAAAGGUAUGAUUUUAUAGUUUUAUAGUUUGUCAGUGAUGAUUGAAUUGUACAGUGGGUUGGUUGCACACUGUUCCUUCUGGAUGGGGAGAACUUACAUGGGCAGUGGAUGGCUUUACAGGUAACCUAGUCACCACACGCCAUAUAGUAGUUCUAAAGAACUAACUGACUACUACUAGGUCAAUUGAAAACGUGACUCCUUAUGCUAAUUUUUUUUUUUUUUUUUAAAGUGUCUGUGUGUGGGCUGUGUUCAAUUGUACAUACUGGCUUUUUUUAAUCUAAAGAUUUUUAUAUGAAAAAAAGUGAUAUUUUGUAGUGUAUGAGCAGAGUUGCAGCAAGAGAAUCUUUGAAUCUUUUUUCCUCCCCUCCAGCAGUAGCUCAGUUGUGAUGUUCUAUGAAAUAAUUGCCCAUCUCUGACAGAGGGCAUGAGAAAGUGCUCUUUUAAAAGUUUAUUUUUAACAACAAAUGACACAAACAUUAGUAUUUUCUUAAAACUAGGGGUUUGUACAAAUUGUAUAGGAAAUGUUACAGCUAAACAGAGCUCUCAUACUGUUAAACAACCCUAUUACUAAAGCUUGAAAAACACCAUUUUCUUAUUUUAUGUAAAUAGUAUCACACAGUGAAUACAGUGUAACUAUUUGUUGCUGUCAAUAAAAUACAACUGUAUAGAAGCUUCA